GUGUCAGAUGGCUAUCCGUUUGUCAUCAUCCUUUUUUUUUCAGUUCUCUGUUGAGUGUUAAAAACGCCAGGGAGAAGACUCCGGAAUAGUUUCACCUAACGAGUGAAGAUUAAAUAUAUAACCACGUUAAAAAAAAAUUGAUACAUAUGUUAUACAGAGGGUUGAGAAUCCGAACUGGAGUCAUUUCACCUUCACUUUGAUACCAUGCGGCUUCUGUUUUGGAUCGUUCUGUUUGUCAUGGCAGUUGGAUGUGACUUGGUUGGGCUACACCGCGCCAAGAGGGUCGUUGCUUUCAGGAAAGGGAGCACUUUCUUCUACCGAUUGAACUACAAAAUAAAUUCAAUUCCCUGGACAACGAUAUUCGCUCAAGCCGCUGGUUUCAAAGUGGCAUGGCACUUGCCGGAUGGUACACGUACACGGAGAUCCCUCCCGGAUUUACAUUCAGCGGCUGAACACAUGUACGAGAGUCAUGGAUUCGAUGGCCAUGCCUGCCUCGUUCAAAACAUCUGCGAGGCACUCAACUAUGCCAGCAAGAGAGGCGGUACCAUUGGCAAGAUAUUAAAAUUGCUCGCCAGUGCAUCGAAUUCCAACUGGACUCAUGCCGAGAACCCUCUGGUUGAUUGUGAGCAACACAGGGCAGCAUGUCCACUGCAAUUGAUCAGUGUCGAUGGCUUCUCCGAGAUGUGAAGCCUUUGUCCAUUGUCUCGUUGCUCCACAGCGAUAUCAUGUUGUUGAUAUUGUUUAUAAACUCGAAGUAUCAUCGAUCAUCAUGUUGGAGAACAUAAUUAUCCACCGAUCAAGGGAUUAAAGACAAAUAAAUCGUGAGAAAUUUAUUGUAUGUCUUAUAUG